AUGGAGACGGAAUCUACACUUGCUACUAUCAAAAUGAUGAAUCAAGACCUAGUACGCUUGGACAGAUUCGAAGGUGAAAAUUUCACAAGAUGGCAAGACAAACUUAAAUUUCUAUUAACGGCCUUGAAGAUCUUCUAUGUGCUUGAUCCAAAAUUGGAGCCCAUUCCCGAUGUAACUGACAAGGAUAUCGAAGAAAUUCACAUAGAAAGGAAGAAACAGGAAGAGGACGAAUUGAUAUGUCCUGGUCAUAUCCUAAUUGCAUUAUCCGAUCGCCUCUAUGAUCUCUACACCAACACUACAUUGGCAAAAGAAAUCUGGUACGUGCUAGAAAACAAAUACAAAGCCGAGGAAGAAGGUACCAAAAAGUUCUUAAUAUCUAAGUAUUUUGAUUUCAAAUUUUUCGAUAAUAUACCGUUAUUGCCUCAAGUACAUGAGUUACAAAUAAUUGUAAACAAACUGAAAGCGGUAAAAAUCGAACUUCCCGAAACUUUCCAAGUGGGAGCAAUUAUUGCUAAACUUCCUGGUUCUUGGAAAGGAUAUAGGAAGAAGAUUCUUCACAAUUCUGAAGACUUUGGAUAUAUGCCUUUCGAUUUCGAGUAG